GUUCGACUGGUUUGCAUAUCGCGUGACUCUCUUUGCAGUGAUAUCGUGACAAAUGAUUUGGUAACAGACAAUGAAUGCUGUCUGGAACUUGUUAAAGAAGCUAUUGAACUAAUUGACUCCACAAAAGUUUUCAAAAGUGUUCUUUGCAAACCAAGGAAGUCUCUAGAGGCUUCUGCAAUUGUCGCCAACAUAGGAUACAGGCUUAUGUUAUAUUUUCCGAGAGAAGAUCGGUGGUAUGAAAAGAUGCCUUGGCCUUUGCUAAUAAGUGGCGAUAUCAAUGGUGUUCUCUUUUGUCAUGAUAAAAUAUACUACACAAGUCGAAAGGAAGUGGGAGAGAUUUAUACUAUGGGAUCAUCCGAAAGAACACCUAUCUCUUUCGGGGAGUCCUGUAGCCUUCAUAUUAACUGUUACAUUCCACACUCUGAAACUUGGAAGUCGUUACCGUCAUUAAAUGAUGGACUUUUGAGGGAAAUCUUCGUUUAUAAUGAUGAAACGUAUGCUGUGAGAUCUCCAUGCCUUUCUCCAUGCGCAAGGGCAUGUGGUUACAAUAUUCGCAUGAGAAGUGGCAUCAUCGUCAUAAAAUACAACACAGAAUCCAAUUCAUGGGAGGACAUAUCAUCACCCGAGUUUUUGGUUAACAGAGAGCAUUAUUGCAUUGUGACCCACGACAACUUCAUUUAUUUCAUUGGUGGGACAGAGUGGUCUAGGAACACACCUGGCGGAGAAAGGCUUUUACGUGAGGUUGACAGGUUCGACCUACGCAGAAACCAAUGGGAUAAACUAGCAGACAUUCAAGUGGCGAGAGAAGGCAGUGGUCAUGGAGCAGCGGCGAAUGGCAAAAUAUUCAUUGCUGGAAAUGUUCAUUAUCGAAUGGAGACAGAUGAUCACCUGUGUGAAAUGUACAAUGAAACGACAAAUGAAUGGCAGUUUAUCAAAAGCUUCAACAUAGAACCGGAAAAAUUUGGAGGCUUGUUUGUCGUUGAUGAGAAACUGUAUGCUCUGGGCGAAAUUCGAUCAUGGUAUUCCGACCGUAGAGGAGAAAGGUCGGGACGAUUAAAGGUCGAAUGUUAUAACGCGGAAAGCGAUGAAUGGAAAUUGAAAACUGAAGUUGCAGUUUCACUCCGUCGUUUUCAAUUUGCAAGUUACGGUACAAUGAAAUUGUUCCAAGGGUUUCUUAGUCCCUACAGCUUCGACUGCAGCUCAUGUUCUGUUGGUCCCGCCUCACAGGAUACACUCCAUCAAGGAAGAGACGAAGGAAAGUGCUCUGUCAUGUGA